AUGUCUCAACACGAAGCCCUCGAGGCCCCUGAUGGUUCCGCAUUGACAUGGAUCUUUGAUCACUGCUUGCGUUACGCCGACUCGUACGAGAUCUCACUUCGUGCCGCAUACGAACUCAACUGCAACCCCACCAAGAACCUGGCCGCCAUGGGUUCCUCGGCGUUUGCCCGCUCCCGUUCUCCUUCUUUGUUCUCCCGCAAUUCCUCUUUCUCCAAAAACACCAAGUCCACUCGCUCGUCCGGCUCAUCCUACGACGCUGGCUAUGACACCAACGCCGAAUUCCGCGCUUGUCUCACCCGCACUGUAUCGGAGCUGCCUUCCCAGCCCUGUUCGCUCCCACCCAGCUUUAUUAUCUCUUUUGUCCGCCGUUGUUUCUGUCUGGAGCUCCACAAUGUCGACUUUGCUCAGGCCUUGACCUCUCUCGAUUACUUGAAGGAUCUCCAGGGCCGCUGGAAGAAAGAGAUCGACUCCGCCUUCCGUCGACUCAACGUGACCGCCCGGGAUGCCCGGGAUCCCCAGCACUCCGAGGUUGCUCGCAAGUACCCCGGUGUCAUGGAAUGGUAUGCCGAAAUCAGCCAGAAGGCUCGUAUGAUUGAUUUCAUGUACACCCAGAUCUACGUCGGCAUGCGCCGCUGGAUCCUGCAAACUGCCUUGCUCUUCUCAACACUCUGCUGCCCCCCCGUUCGCUACGACAGCCCCACCCCCACCCAGCAACUGGCACCCAAGAUCCUCGAGAACCACCGCGACGCCUUCUUCAAGUUUAUUACCACCUACGAGGCCAACCCUGGAAUCCUGGAGCCUGUCAUGACCCAGGGCGCCCGUCCUGGCGAGGAAAACGGAUGGCCCGCUCUCUACGACACCUUCGACCGAUACCUCAACGCCGUCUUGGAGAUGAUCGACGAGUGUGCGCUGAUCAACGAGCCUGCUCAGGUUAAUAAGUCCGGACAUUCGCGCCGCACCGACUCCGGCAUCAGCUUCGGUCCCCGUCCUCCCUCCCGCCCCACUACCUCCCACUCCUCAGACACCGAGAAGCCCCUUCCCGAGUUCCCUGCCCCCAGCGAUGGCGCCAGCAAGCAUGGCUCCGUGCUCGAGCGAUUCGCUUACUCCAUCUCAUCCUGGGGCAAGAACGGCAAGAAGGCCCGCAACCUGCGCAAGAUGCAAUCCUGCAAGGAGCUUAAGCCCGAGAAAGCCAAGGUCGUGACCGACUUCUCCAAGAUGUCCUUUGACCUGACCGAGCAGAAGCGCCGCCGUCUGAUCGACGAGGCCAUCGCUCGCAAAGCUGUCGAGGAAGCCGAGGCGGAUGCAAAGACCAUUGGUCAGGCCAUCUAA